GCAGUAAUAAUAAAUUUUCAGUUUCGAUUAAACUUCUUUUGAUCGAUCGGUCAUGGCUUUACAUGUGUGGCACAUUAAUCAGCUGCUAAUCCAUUCGUAUUGAUUGCAGUAUCCCUUAAUAGAUCACUGCUACGACGUAGUGGUAGUGGGUGCAGGAGGUGCAGGAUUGAGGGCCGCUUUCGGCCUCGGCAGCAAAGGAUAUCGCGUGGCGGUGGUGACAAAGCUCUUCCCGACCAGAUCGCACACCGUGGCCGCCCAAGGUGGCAUCAAUGCCGCGUUGAACGAUGAAAAUAAUGAGAAUGGAGACAACUGGCUCUUUCACAUGUACGACACCGUGAAAGGCUCCGACUGGCUGGGCGACCAGGACGCCAUACACUUCCUCUCCAGGGAAGCCUCUCGUGCGGUUUACGAGCUCGAGAAUUAUGGUUGCCCUUUCAGUCGUACGGACGAGGGUAAGAUCUACCAGCGGGCUUUCGGCGGGCAAUCGUUGAAAUUCGGGAAAGGCGGACAAGCUCAUCGAACUUGCGCCGUCGCCGACAGAACCGGCCACGCGCUGCUUCAUACCUUGUAUGGGCAGAGUCUUCGUUACGACGUACACUACUUCGUCGAGUAUUUCGCUUUGGACCUGCUCAUGCACGGUCGAUGCUGCAAAGGUAUCUUGGCGUGGGAAUUGGAGACCGGUCUUCUGCAUCGCUUCAGGGCUCACCAUACGGUGAUCGCAACAGGCGGCGCCGGAAGAUGUUACUUCUCCUCCACGGCGGCGCACACUUGCACUGGCGACGGCAUGGCGUUUGCUUGUCGAGCGGGCUUGCCGCUGCAGGACAUGGAAUUCGUCCAGUUCCACCCGACCGGCAUCUACGGCAGCGGUAUACUCAUCACCGAAGGCAGUAGAGGGGAAGGCGGCAAACUCGUGAACUGCAAUGGAGAGUACUUCAUGGAGAAAUACGCGCCUGUAGCCAAGGAUCUAGCCUCGCGCGACGUGGUGUCGAGAGCCGUAACCAUCGAGAUAUUGGAGGGAAGAGGUUGCGGAAAGAAGAAAGACCAUAUACAGUUGCAAUUGAGUCACCUGCCGGCUGACCUGAUAAAACAGAGACUACCGGGGAUCUCGCAUCUCGCUUGGGUGUUUGCCGGAGUGGACAUAAAGAAAGAUCCAAUCCCCGUGAUUCCCACGGUGCAUUACAACAUGGGAGGCAUACCUACGAAUUGGCGUGCACAGGUGCUAACGCGAGAGAACGAGGAGGACAGACCGAUUGAAGGUCUCUGGGCUGCUGGAGAGACUGCGUGUGCCUCCGUACACGGUGCUAAUCGACUGGGCGCUAACAGCCUUUUGGAAGUCGUAGUCUUUGGCAAAGCUAUCGCUGAUCAGAUCGACUGCCUGAGCAGACCCGGUGAACGUCACGAGGACUUGGCUCCGGAGAUCGGCGAGCAGACAAUCUGUCGCUUCGACGCGACCCGUUACGCGAAAGGUUGUAUUCCCGUAGUCGAGCUGCGCGAGGAGAUGCAACGUACGAUGCAGAAAUAUUGCGCGGUAUUCCGGACUUGCGACAUACUGCAACGCGCAUGCAGAGAAAUGACUCGAUUUUACACUUGCGAUUUACCGGACUUAUGCGUGCAGGAUCAGUCUCUUAUUUGGAACACCGAGCUCGUCGAGGCCUUGGAGCUGCAAAACAUGAUGCUCGUUUGCAUGAAUAUCGUUUACGCAGCUGAAAAUCGUAAAGAAUCGCGAGGCUCACACACUAGGGAGGAUUACAAAGAGAGAAUCGACGAGUACGACUAUUCGAAGCCGCUCGAGGGACAGAAAAAACGACCUUUCACAGAACAUUGGCGUAAACAUACGCUCACAUGGGCCCUGGGCGACGGAACGAUUUGCAUUUCUUAUCGACCCGUUAUCGACACAACGCUGGACGAAACCGAGGCUCAACACGUACCGCCUACGGUCCGCGUAUAUUGACUCGGAUUGAAAUCAGUUGCAAGAAAUGGAGUAAUUAAUAUGUAACGGAAGUAUAAUGCGAUUAUAAAUAUAAUCGCUAAUUAUGCUUACGGUCAAGUCUGACGUCAAAGACGCAAAAUCUAGGCAUCAACGGAGCGAAAAAAGUCGUUAUCGCGUAAAACCGGUCAGUGAAUCUCGCAUAUGCUGCGUUUUAGUUCCCAGACACCUUAUACAAGCACGUUUUGUGGUCUGUCUUAUUCUCGAUGGCCUCGCACGCGACAGAUGUCGACGAUGGCUUAUCAGCAGGUUUAAUUAAUUUGCAUUACGCUCGCAUUAAUUAACGAUUGUACGAUGAGAAGAAAACGUGCCAUUUGAUCGAAUGUAUGUGUUUUGAAGAAUUUUUGAAGAGGCAUCUUAGAGAAAUG